GCUACAGAUCUCGCCCUGUCAUGACGAUCAGAGAAGACCUGAGUGGAAUUUGGAGUCCAAAGCAGCACGUUGAAAUAUCAGCAGCUGGGUUCAAACUGAGUGACGGGACUGAGAACGGCCAACAGCCAACACAGAUGUGGAUCUGAGAGCACUCCAUUCACUUGAAGAGCAGAAGACACACUUUUAUUGCACAGACCACUAGUCUAAAAGGUUUUCUAGAAUGAAUUAGUACCUCUUUGGAGGCCUGGUCCAGGUAUCCCCUGAUUGUAAAUUCACUACUUCAAAAACAAAAUAAUGUCUGCAUUGUUGUCCAAACAGCUUGCUCUUCUUUCAAUACAAAACAAAAGCAAAUUGAUGAAAUCAGAGACAGGGCCUCCUGUUUACAUAAUUCCACAGCAAGAACAACAAAUCUAUGAAAAAGGGUGCAAGAAAUUCAGUUUUGGGAAAGAGUCCAAAACUGUUCAAACUAAUCGCACCAUAAUGGUUCUCGGAGCAACUGGGGCUGGGAAGUCAACUCUCAUCAAUGGGAUGAUCAACUACAUUCUAGGUGUUGAAUGGGAGGAUCCAUAUCGGUUUAAGUUAGUUGAUGAGGAUCAGUCGAGAUCUCAAGCUGAGAGCCAGACCUCUGAAGUCACUGUGUACAACAUCAACCACCAAGAGGGCUUUAAAAUCCCUUUCUCUCUGACCGUUGUUGAUACUCCAGGUUUUGGAGAUACAAGAGGAAUAAAAAGAGACGAGGAGAUCACAGAACAGAUUCGUAGUCUCUUCUCUGCCAAGCAUGGUGUCACUGAAAUUGACGCUGUGUGUCUUGUAGUUUCAGCUUCUUUAGCUCGGCUCACACCAACACAGAAGUAUGUGUUUGAUUCUGUGCUCUCAAUCUUUGGCAAAGAUGUGGCAGAAAACCUCCAGAUUCUGGUGACAUUCUCAGACGGCCAACUCCCACCAGUUCUAGAGGCGAUCAAAGCUUCAGGUGUCCCAUGUCCUAAAACAAAACACGGGCUGCCAGUUCACUUCAAAUUCAAUCAUUCUGCAUUGUUUUCACAGAACAAACCAUCUGAUGAGGAAGAUGAAGGCUUUCAUCAGAUGUUCUGGAAAAUGGGGGCAAAAAGCAUGAAGAGGUUCUUUGUUGCUUUAAAUACGAUGACAACCAAAAGCUUGACAAUGACAAAGGAAGUCCUCAGAGAAAGAAGGCAGCUCCAGAUCUCAAUGGAAGAUUUGCAACAGCAGGUUAAAGUAGGGUUAGCCAAGCUUGAGGCGAUAAAAGAGACAACUGAACAACUUAAACUGCAUGAAGCAGAGAUCAGCAGAAAUAAGGGAUUUGAGAUUGAAAUAGUCGUCAUAAAGCCUGUUCAAAUAGACAUAUCUGGCUCUGGAACCUUCAUC